AUGGAAGGAGAAAAAGAGUUCCAUAUUACAACAAGCAUGGAGAAGAACAAUAAUGAGAAGGCUGUGACAAAAGAUGAGCCUGAGGUCAAGCACAUGGGCAUCAAAGCCAUGCCCUUUGUUAUAGGGAAUGAGACCUUUGAGAAGCUAGGAACAAUUGGAACCUCAUCAAACCUCUUGGUCUAUCUCACCACAGUGUUCAACAUGAAAAGCAUCCCAGCUACAAAUCUUGUCAAUGUGUUCAACGGCACCUCCAACUUUGCUACCUUGCUAGGAGCCUUCCUCUGUGAUACCUAUUUCGGCCGUUACAAGACGCUGGGAUUUGCUUGUAUUGCUUCUUUCCUGGGAAUGCUGGUACUAACGCUAACAGCAGCAGUCUCAAAGUUGCAUCCUCCAAGCUGUGAACACAAUGCCUCAUGCACUGAUGCAACACCAUGGCAACUGGCAUUUCUGUUGAGCGGCCUCGGACUUCUUGUUGUGGGAGCUGGUGGCAUUAGACCCUGCAACUUAGCCUUUGGUGGAGACCAAUUCAAUCCCAACACCGAAUCAGGAAAGCGGGGCCUCGACAGCUUCUUCAAUUGGUACUACUUCACCUUCACUUUUGCCAUGAUGGUGUCCUUGACAAUCAUUGUCUAUGUGCAAUCCAAUGUGAGCUGGGCUUGGGGGCUGGCAAUCCCUGCAUUUUUGAUGCUCUUGUCAUGCAUUCUGUUCUUCAUGGGUUCAAGAAUUUAUGUAAAAGUGAAACCAGAAGGCAGUGCAUUGACAAGUGCGGUGAGAGUUACCGUUGCUGCACUCAAGAAGAGGCGGUUGCAGUUACCGGAGCAGCCAUGGGUUUCCCUUUUCAACUAUGUUCCAUCUGGUUCUAUCAACUCCAAGAUUUCCCACACUGAUCAAUUCAGAAUCCUAGACAAAGCUGCAAUAAUUACCAAUGAAGACAAAAUCAACUUAGAUGGAUCAACAGCAACUCCAUGGAAGCUCUGCAGCCUGCAGGAAGUGGAACAAGUGAAGUGCUUGUUUAGAGUGGUUCCCAUUUGGAUCUCAACCAUUAUAUACUAUGUUGCUAUGGUCCAGCAGCAAAAUUACACAGUCUUCCAAGCUCUGCAAUCUGAUAGGCGCCUUGGGAACACUGGCUUCAAGAUCCCCGCCGCGUCGUAUAUAGUCUUUAACAUGCUUGCCCUCACAAUCUGGAUACCAAUCUAUGACAGGCUCAUAGUCCCAGCAUUGAGAAGAAUGACAGGAAAAGAAGGAGGCAUCACAAUACUUCAGAAGAUGGGCUUUGGCAUGGUUCUUGCUGUAAUAACAAUGCUAGUAUCUGCAGUGGUUGAAGAGAAGAGAAGAAGCUUGGCUCUCUCACAUCCCAUUGGGAUUGAAGACAGAAGAGGUGCAAUUUCUUCCAUGUCUGGAUUCUGGUUCAUCCCACAACUGGGACUCAUUGGACUUUCUGAGGCAUUUACAGUGAUUGCCCAAGUGGAGUUUUACUACAAGCAAGUCCCAGAAAACAUGAGAAGCAUUGGGGGUUCUUUUUUGUUUGUUGGCAUGGCAAUGUCAAAUUACCUUAGUAGUAGUUUGGUGACAAUAGUCCACCAUACCAGUAAAGGUUCUUCAAUGGGGGAUUGGUUGCCUGAAGAUCUUAACAAGGGGAAGUUGGAUUACUUUUACUAUAUGGUUGCCGCAUUGGAGCUUUUGAAUUUUGGUUAUUUCAUUGUUCUUUCUAGGUGGUUUAAGUACAAAGGAAGUGACGACAGUGCCUCUGAAGUUGGGAUGGAAAAUAUGCAAUCUCAGAAACAUCUUGUUUGA